AUGUUCUUCCGUCGUCUGCCCCCCACACGCUCGGGGACCGCGUUGACAGUGACGAUUUCUCUCAGGUGGUGCAGCACACUGUCGGGUCAGGGGCAGGGUGGAAAGGAGAGUUUCUUAAAGGAGGAAAAGGCAACAAAAGACGCAGCUGGGGCCCUUUCCGUCGAAAACACGGAUAGAAACGUGGAGAAGAAGGGUGGAUUUUUGGAGCCGUCGGAUGAUGUUGUGCUGGAGUAUGCUCGACAUGCACUGCAGCGUGAGGGCCGCGACAAAAAGCCCGAGGCAGUUGUGUGGCAGUGGGAUACGACGUACUCACCGAUUUUAUCUAAGGGGAAGAAAAACUUCUACGACUACACUGAUGAUAUUCCAAAGCAUGUAAAGCCAUUUUGGCAUCAUGAGUAUUACCAACAGCGGGAGUACUUUCAACUGCAGCGCGGGAAGCGUCCAGUGAAGGAACGCCUGAGAACGUGGGGUAUUGCCCUGGCCUGUGUCUUUGUUGCAGGGGCGGUGCUCACGUUUGUCCGUGUGUGGAUUGAGCAACCGCGAGAGAUUCGUCAAUUACGCGAGGAAAUGCUGCAGCAAGCUUACGGAAAAGUAUUGGAGCUUGCUGCCGGGCAUGGCCAAAACAUCGGUGCCUACCCCUAUGCGGUUCACGAGGUUGUGAUGUGUGAUUCCAACGCACAACAGCUGCAGGCCCUGCAAUACCGCAUUCCUCGUACAUCGUAUCCGAAAUAUGACGUGCGCCGUGUACGGUCAGAGAAUCUAGACAUCUUUGCCGAUGGAGAGUUUGACUGCGUGGUAGAUAUGUUUGGGCUUUGUCACCUUCAUGACCCUGUUAAGGCACUUCGGCAAAUGCAGCGUGUUGUGAAGCCAAGCGGUCUUAUUCUGCUCCUUGAACACGGCAGCAGCCCGUAUGCCCCUGUGAACUGGUUCUUGAACUUCUUUGAGCAGCGCCAUACGGUGAACACGCAUGGAUGCAAGUGGAAUUCACCGAUUCGGGACUAUCUGCGGGAGUCACGUCUGGAGAUUAAGGAGCUUCGAAAUAUGCACUAUGGAACGACGUACUACGUGGUGGCGUACCCGGAGGUUUUGGAGGCAUUCAAGGACCGCGGUGCUCUUGCGGCUUCUGCAGCUGCAGUAUAG